AUGGCUGAACUCGGUAAAAACAUUGGCGUAUUGCUGGAAAACGCAACCAAGAACCUUUCGUCAACCGUCAAUGAGGCCAUCCAAAACAAAAACGUGAAGCUGCCCUCAGGAUUGAACGCUUUUCUCUCCAAUGGCCACGCGCAAAAUCAAGAGCUCACUUCCUCGCAAGUUAUUGAGGGUCUCAAUUCUUCAUCAGACAAAGAAAUACAAACGUCCCUCAAGUACUUGGUGCGAUUGAUGACCACAAAACAGAACUCAGACCCUGAACUAUUGCAAUACUUCCCCCACGUCAUAAAAAAUAUCACCUCGAACAAUCUUAGGACUAAACGCCUAGUCUAUAUCAUCCUCUUACGAUAUAACCAUAUGCAGCAGGACAUUGCUCUCCUGUCAAUCAAUGCCAUUCAAAAAUCUCUCACAGACAAAAACUGCAUCAACAGAGCUCUAGCUAUCAGGACGCUGAGCGGAAUCCGUAUCCCGGCAAUCCUGCCUAUCUUGGUCCUGUCGAUCAAACGAACAAUUUCAGAUUCAUCGCCUCUUGUGCGUUCGGCCACUGCCGUGGCUAUUACAAAAUGCUUUCUACUAGAUUCCAGCUUCAACAAGCAUCGCGAUGUGGCCUCUACUCUCAAAGACGAAUCAAGCGUCCCAGCCCAACUGUACAAUUUUCUGGCUAUUCUUUUGAGCGACACUGAUCCAAGAGUAUUGAGUUCUGCACUGAAUUGUUUCUACACCAUCUUCCCAGGCUAUAUGGAUUUAAUUCAUCCUAGGUUCACUUAUUUGGUGUCCAAGUUGACAGAGCUUGAAGAUUACUCAAAAGUCAUCUUGAUUGAUCUGGCAACAGAUUACGCCCGUCUGUACCUUCCUAACCCGACGGAGGAUAGUAUGGCAGCGGAAUUGACUCUUUUGGACUCCAAGCUGCGCUCUCUCAUUUACUCUUCCUCUGCAAAUGUUGUGCUCAGCUUGGUGCGCUUCUACAUCAACGUGCUGCCAUUCAAGUUGGACGAAAUACCGCUAGCAAAAACGCUUGUCAAGUUUUUAGGUGACGACGAGGUCACCCUGUACGUGCUCAACGAGAUCGUGUACUUGCUUGACCGUAAAUUGGUGAAAUUUUCUAACCCACAGCUGUCGUACUUCGUGCCUCUUCCAAAUGAGCUAUUCAAGAUCAGCGAGCUGAAAGUACACAUUUUGAUUAAGCUUCUCAAUGCACAAAAUUUCGAUCAGAUUUUCGCAGAACUGGUUUUCCUGCUAAAUACGAGCUCCACACAGCUCAAAUUAGCAGUAGUAAGGCUACUCGACCAAUACCAUGGCACGGCAGAACAAAAAGCCAAGAUAGGCCAAUUAUACCUCUCGAGGCUCGACUCCGAGAAUGAAGAGCUUCUGGUUGCAGAGUAUGUCACAGGACUGCGGAUUAUGGUGCAAAAUGACCUGUUUGGAAAUAUCGACGUGCUGAUAAAGCUCACAGGAAAACUGGUGAAUGAGAGCGAGCUUACGCCAGUUGCCAGAGCUUCGAUCAUAUGGCUUGUGGGAGAGUUUUCAAACCAGCAAUAUCAUGACGACAAAUCAUUAGCUCUAGGCAAUUUCUUGCCCGACUUGAUGCGAAUCCUUGUGCGAGACUUUAGAGAACAGGAAUACGUGGUUAAAGUGGAAAUUUUAACUGCCCUGACAAAACUGGUUUCGAAAGAACUGUAUGCUAGCAAGCAGCAAGGAGAAGAGUACAACUACGAAAGCUUGAUAUGGAAAUUGUUCAACCUCGUCUUGCAGCUUACUAAGUAUGACUCCAAUGUCGAUCUACGGGAUAGGUCAAGGAUGAUUGGAUCGAUUCUUCCCAACGUGGUUUAUCUCGACGAAGACCUCACGGCUACCACUGCUAUAGAAUUCCAGCAAUAUUACGGACAGAAAGCCUAUGUUUUGGAGAAGUGUGCCGAGAAACUGAAUGAGGUGGAGCUUUCUAUUUUGCUUUUCCAAACAUCAAAACCCGCUCCUAUUUCUACGGACUCCUCGGUAAACAACAACAAUAUAAACAAAUACAACCAAGUCACGCUGCAAGAGCUGAACUCAGAGCUCCUCGAAUACUACAACGAGCUGCGUGCACAGGAAUUCCAACUGAAGGACUAUAACCAGCACAAGUCAAUUUCUCACGCUGCAAAGCCGCCACCAGUUGUUAACUCUGCCACCACGAUAAACAUCGAGCCAAGACAGAGUGCAAGAAAGUACAAGCUGCAAACUUUGGACGAUUUCCUGAAGGAGAAAGGUAAGCUGAAUGUGUUUGGAGGCAGCGAAGACGAAUCAGGACAGGAAGACGAGGAAGAUGAGGCCGACGAAUUGGCCGACGCUGACGACGACGAAGAUGCGCACGACUCCGAAUUUGAAAAAUCGAGUUGA